AUGAUGCAGACGGUGAAAUUCUACCUGGCGGAGCACCCGUCGAUCGUGAAAUUCCGGUGGAGCCACAGCCAAUCAUGGGGAUCCACCUGGUCCUUCCUCGUCACCUCAAUCGCCUUCUACCUCGCCGUCGCCACCUUCCUCCACCUCCUCCUCGCCCUAAUCGCCCGCGGCGGCCGCCGCCGCCCCAUCCCUCUCGGCCCGAUCCCGGCCCUCCACAGCCUCACCAUGGCCCUAAUCUCCGCCACGAUCUUCGCCGGGAUCCUCCUCUCCGCGGCCUCCGAGAUCCGAGAAACCCGCUGGUUCUGGCGCCGGACCAAAACCCCAUUCCAGUGGCUCCUCUGCUUCCCCAUCGGAACCCGCCCUUCCGGCCGGGUCUUCUUCUGGUCCUACAUGUACUACCUCUCCCGAUUCGUCCACAUGCUCCGCACCUUCGUCUCCAUCCUCUCCGCCCGCCGCCUCGUCUUCUUCCAGCUCUUCAACCACAUCAUCCUCACCGUCGUGUCGUUCCUCUGGCUCGAGUUCUCGCAGAGUUUUCAGGUCCUCGGGAUCAUGCUCGCCACCAUGGUCUACUCGGCGGUGUACGGGUACAGGUUCUGGACCGCGAUUGGCCUGCCGGGGGCUUGUUUUCCCUUUGUGCUCAACUGCCAGAUUGCUCUGCUCGGAGGGAAUUUGGUCUGCCAUGUCGGAGUUCUGCUGCUGCAUUUCAUGAAGGGUGGGUGUAACGGGAUCGGAGCUUGGGUGUUCAAUUCGGUUCUGAACGGCGCGGUUAUGCUUCUGUUCUUGAAUUUCUAUGUGCGGAUGCAUAUCAUGAGGAGGAAGAGGAAGAGGAAGGUGAAGGAGGAGGUGGUUGUGGGUCGCAACAAUGGCGGUCAAAAUCAGAUUGCAGGUAGGGAUGAUGAGGAUGAUGAUGAGGAUAUCAAACUUAUUUGA